AUGCGAGUCGCGGGGGACGACGCGCCGGCGACGAGCUCCGGAACGGGUCCCCCGAAGGUUUUCGUCCUUCGCCACGAGAAGAGGGAUCCCACCGAUCCGAGGUUCUUCACGCCGCUCACGGAGGAAGGGAUGAUGGAUGCCGCGAAGACGGUGUCAGAUGAUUUGCACGAUCUCGGCAUCACCAAAAUCUACGCGUCCCCUUUCUUGAGGGUCCUCCAAACGGUGGAACCCUUCGCGAGGAGAAAGGGCCUGCUCGUGCGCGUCGAUUACUCCCUGUACGAGCAUCCGGAGCCAAACGACGAGCCGGUCACGGCGCUGCCCGCGGAGUUUUACGAGCGGUUCCCGAUAGACGCGGCGUUCGCGUCGAUUUUGGAUGGAAAUCGAAUCGGAGCGCACAACGCGGAUGCGGCGGCGUUGCGACGGCGUCUUCAAGCGUUCUUAAAGUGGGUCGUGGAGAACCACGGCGCGGACGAGCGCGUGUUGCUCGCGACGCAUCAGACGAGCUGCCACGAGCUCAUGCAUCUUCAGAGUGGUGUCGAGAUCGAGACGCUCGACGUCGCGAUGGGGUCGGUGUUUGAGCUCGACGCGGAAGCUGCCCUGGGUGGUUCGUCGUGA